GAAAGGAGAUCCAGGCUGAACACACACGCUCACGCACUCAGGAGCAGAGGCAGCACGCGGAUCAUACAGAGCGAGUGAGAGGUUGGGGAUCCUUAACUGUUUUUUCACUUGCAUGAACACAACCGUUGACACCCCAGGAUCUAAAGAUGUGGACAGAAGUCGGAAAGCUUGUGCUAUUACAUUUGUUACUCAUGGAGCUCCGUUGCGUUAAAGGAACUCAUACGGAGUCUGAGUGUGAAACUGGGCAGUUUCAGUGCAAGAACGGACGGUGCAUUCCAACCCUGUGGAGAUGUGAUGAUGAUGAUGAUUGCUCAGACAGCAGCGACGAGGAGAACUGUCCAAAGAAGACCUGUGCGACCACAGACUUUGCCUGUAAGAAUGGACAGUGUGUUCCUGCAAGGUGGCGCUGUGAUGGGGAACCAGAGUGUGCAGACGGUUCGGACGAGGCUGAUGCAAUUUGCAGCCGACAGACCUGUCCACCAGAGAAGUUUGAUUGCGGAGGGGCUGCCAGCAAAUGUGUUUCAUUGUCGUGGCGAUGUGACGGCGAGAGGGACUGUGAGAACGGGGCAGAUGAAGAGCAGUGUGCUGCAGAUGCAAAGGCCUGUCCCUCCAAAGAUUUCCAGUGCCGUAAUGGGAAGUGUGUGGCACCAAUAUUUGUGUGUGAUGGCGACGAUGACUGCGGGGAUGCAAGUGAUGAGGAAAAGUGCUCGGCUCCCACCUGUGGCCAGCACGAGUUCCGUUGCAAUGACUCUGAGUGCAUCCCCGCCCUGUGGAGUUGCGAUGGCGAUCCGGACUGCAAGGACAAGUCAGACGAGUCCAUGGAGCGCUGCAGCCGGAGGACAGAGCCCCAGAAACCUCGCUGCCCAGUGGGGGAGUUCCAAUGUGGGAGUGGGGAGUGUGUCCACAUGAACUGGAAGUGCGAUGGAGACGCAGACUGCAAGGAUAAAUCGGAUGAAGCAAACUGUCCCCUGCUUACAUGUCGACCUGAUGAGUUCCAGUGUGGUGAUGGAUCCUGUAUCCACGGUACCAAACAGUGUAAUAAAGUCCACGACUGUCCGGACUACAGUGAUGAAGCUGGCUGUGUCAACGUUACUAAGUGUGACGGACCAAGAAAGUACCGCUGUAAGAACGGGGAGUGUAUUGACAGCAGCAAGGUGUGUGACAACGUGAAAGACUGCAAGGACUGGUCUGAUGAACCCACGAAGGAGUGUGGCCUGAACGAGUGUGCAGACAACAAUGGUGGCUGCUCCCACAUCUGCAGGGACCGGAGAAUUGGUUAUGAGUGUGACUGUCCUUCUGGGUACAAACUCCUGGACAAAAAGACUUGUGGAGACAUAGAUGAAUGUGAGAACCCAGAUGCCUGUAGUCAGAUCUGCAUCAACUACAAAGGAGAUUACAAGUGUGAAUGCUAUGAAGGCUACGAGAUGGACCCUGCCUCUAAGACCUGCAAGGCCGUGGGAAAGAGUCCAUACCUGAUGUUCACCAACCGUCAUGAGAUCCGUCGCAUUGACCUACUGAAGAGUGAAUACACGCAGGUGGUUCCCACGCUGAAGAACGCAGUGGCCCUGGAUGUAGACGUGUCCACCAACAAGAUGUUCUGGUGUGAUCUAUAUCAUCGUAAAAUAUACAGUGCUUACAUCAACAAGGCCAGUGACUCGUUGCAGCAGGUCACUCUCAUCGACUCGCUCAACUCUCCUGAGGGCCUGGCUGUCGACUGGGUGCACAAAAACAUCUAUUGGACUGACUCGGGCAACAAGAGCAUCUCAGUCGCCACAGGAGAUGGCAGGAAGAGAAAAGUGCUGAUAGCCACUGAGCUGAGCGAGCCACGGGCCAUCGCAGUGGAUCCACACCAAGGGUUUAUGUACUGGUCAGACUGGGGAGGUCAGGCCAAAAUUGAGAAGUCUGGGUUGAAUGGAGUGGACCGUCAAGUUCUGGUGUCCGAACACAUCGAGUGGCCUAAUGGAAUCACCCUGGACUUGUCUAACAGGCGUCUCUACUGGGUGGACUCCAAGCUACACCUGCUGUCCAGUGUGGAUCUGAAUGGAGACAAUCGCAAAGUGCUGCUGUCCUCCCAUCACCACCUCGGACACCCCUUCGCCCUCACUGUGUUUGAGGAUCGCAUAUAUUGGACAGACCUGGAGGACGAAGCAAUAUAUAGUGCAAACCGAUUGACGGGACAUGAUGUGGCAAAGGUAGCAGAGCACCUCAACAACCCCCUGGAUCUUGUGGUGUUUCAUGAACAGAGGCAGCCCAAGGCCCCAGACACCUGUAACACGGGCAGUCUGCCUAAUGGCGGCUGUGAAUACCUCUGUCUGAAGGCCCCCCAGAUCACAGACCACUCUCCCAAGUACACCUGUGCCUGCCCUGAUGGCAUGGAGCUGGGACCAGACAUGAGACGCUGUGCUAUAGUUCGACCCAGAACAACCACAACAACUGCUGCUCCAACCACCCCCACCACCACCACCACACCCACUACAACAAGCACUACAACAACUAGCACAACUAUUAGCCCCAGCACAACUACCCCUACCACCACGACCAUAAGCACUACUGCUGUUACAACACUCAGGCCCACAACCAGACGCCUGACGACACCGGCUCCUCCCCAGACCCCCAGGAGCACCUCUACAGAGCAGCCUCGGACCCCCGCUGCCACAAGUACAGAAACGACUAGUUUCAGCAGCACAAGUCAGACGUCCACUUACACACACACGCCCCUAUUGGGCCCAGUGGCCCCCAACAGCAUUCAGAGAGAGAGCAACGCCAACCUCUCCCACAGAGCUGGGAGUGAUCACUACCUCAUAGGUAACAACAUCACAGUAGCUGUUCUAGGGAUAGUCAUUCCUAUCGUCCCUAUCCUUGCCACAGUGGUCAUUGGAUUACUCUGCACCGGCGGAUACCUGGUUUGGCGCAACUGGCGGCGCAAGAACACCAAGAGCAUGAACUUCGACAACCCUGUUUACCGCAAAACUACGGAGGAUGACGAUGACGAAAUCCACAUUGGGCGACACAGCGAGUCCAUCGGUCACGUGUACCCAGCAGUGAGUGGCAGCCACAGUCAGCCAUUCAUAGCGCUUCCUCUAGGGGGCGGCGUCACAGACAGCAACUCUCACUGGUAUUCAGGGGCACCGAUGCUAACCAGCGGCAAAUGAGAGAAGCUGCAGAGGAAAGGAAGGAGUUUUGAAUAUUUGAGAUAUAGUAAUAUACGCAGGGGUUUGGAAAAGGCUGUUUGUUGUACAUGUAGGCCUGGUGGAAAGAGAGAACAGGCUUGCACACGCCCACAUUCUCACGUCAAUUUUCCAGUAAUCACUGAAAGCACCAAUCAUACAGACACAUAAGCCCUUCACCGGUAGAUCAUGUUCACAUUUAUUUCACCUUCAUGACCAUAUUCAUACAGUACAUUUAUCAACAUCAUGUCCUCGUUACCAGCCUACCAUCCCAUUUAUUUGUACAUUGUGUUUUUUUUUGUGUUUUUCUGGUUGUUGUGUUUGUCCUCUUAAUGGAAAACACGUUUCUUAUGAGACCAUUUCCUGACAAAACAUCUUACACAGACACUUUGUUUACAGAAGCAGCUGAUACGAAAGUUAAAAUUAUUUUAACAUGAUCACUAGACAAGAGAAAAUAUGUGCCACAAGGUAGCAUUCACGUCAAAGAGGAAUUUUGUGGACAUUUCUUUGUUUGCUGCUAAAAAUUAUAACAAAGGGUCAUCCAGACAUUUGAGUGCCACUGAGGCUUAAAUAAUUACUGCUGUCGUGAUGCAGUAAAUAUGAAAGAUAGAUGCAUGAUGUGGGUCCUCUGAAAUGGCCUCUGUUAGUAGAACAAAAAUAAUUCUAGUGCGGAGACAGCUUUUCGGGAAAAAAGAGGACCAGCUUUAUAGUCACCUCAGCACUCUGACUCUGACUCUGAAAGGACAGCAGAGCACAGGACUAGGACCAUUGUGCAAAUAAAUUAGAUUUUGAGGGGAUAGUAACAUGACAUUGCCCUUGUGUGGACUUUAUGUUUUCGUUACAGUGUAAAUAAGACAUGAAGGAUAAAAUGGGGAGCACAAAUCAAAACCAAGGACAAUCGAAAAUAGAAUUUCUCAUUCUAUCUUGAUGCAGAUGCAUUUUUGAGAAUCACUUUUUGGGCAAGAAGCUACAUUUUCUACAAACUCCUUAAACACUGCAAGCUGCGAUUGGCACUGAGAUGCACUUAAAUGUAUAGGUAGUGUGUCAUCACGACACUUGUACAUUUAUUGUAUAUAUUUGUUGUUUAAGGAAUUCGGAAAGCCAGCAGGGAACGUCAGCCAAAAAGGAUUAUGGGGGAGUGGGAGUCUAGCGCUUUGAUUGGUUGGCAUGGUAACACAGAUUUCUUUGUGUCGCUCUAGAGGGAAAGGAGGGAAAGAAUUCUGGGUAUCAUUGGCAUGAUGACAGGCUGGAGAUACACACACACACACACACACACAAAACAGGUGCACGACUGGGUCAUAUUAAGAUUCAAGGUCGAAUUAACAACCACCCUCAGAGAAGGGUUGAAGAGAGGGAACUAUGCUCCUUCUCUUGUCUCCCAGUUUUAUUAUUUACAUCUGUACAAAUAUUCUUUUUGUCUUGAAUUUUUUCACUUGUUUUCUUCCUCUCCUGUCCUCUUCUUUUCUCUCCUUUCCUUUCGUGGUAAUGUGGCAACUCAGACAGACAGAGAAAUCAGAUUGGCAUUAUUUGGGCCAGACAUUUGCAGCCGUAGGCAAGCAUCCUGCAUUCCUCACAUAGGAGCAACCAGAGAAGGAGGGAAUGAACUGGGGGGAUUGGAAAGAGGAGAACAUGAAGGUCAGGGAGAGGAGAGAGAAGUGAGGAGUAUAAGAAGAAAAGAAGUGGCAGGAGAAUGGAUUCUGUAUGAUUCGCAGUUGCUUUUCAAGGUGCCAUCUAGACUUGAAUCUCUGAUUCUCUCUGAUUUUUUCCUGAUUUCUUUCUUUGUUCCCUGUCCACCAUGCUGAUUUUUCUUUUUCUGUUUUCUAUCUCAUUUCACUUUCUCUCUCUCUCUUUCUUCCUCCUUUACCAGCCUACUGUGGUAACAGUCUUUUUAUCUGCUGUUUGCAGCGCGUGGCACUCAGUCUGGAGGAUGAUGGCUAUCCCUGAGGGGGCAAUGCAUCCCGCCAUCCGCAUCCCCCUGCCCCCCCAAUACCCAUUCUGGCCCCUCCUCUCACCACAGCCUCUACACCACUGAGGUCAAAACAACGCAGACAAGAAAGAGAAGGAGUCCUCAUUUUGUCUCCCGUUUUAAGGAGCAGGGAUGACAUGUACAUCUUGUAUACCCCCCUUCCUCUCUUACUUUCUCCCCUGGAGUAACACUACUACCACUACUAGCCACUACUACUGCCCUUAGUGCUAGUUUAUCAAUAGUCUCUGCUCCACUCCUCUCUUCUCUCUGCCUCUUGUUAGCUGUAGUGGUGUGUAAAAUGCUGCUUGAUGAUUUUGUUCAAACUAACCUCAUUUGGCUUUCGGUGUACAUUGUAAAUAGAAGGCUGUUUGGCUACCGUACAAGGGGAAAAGGCUGGAAUGCAUUAUUUUUAAUUCCUCAUUUUAUGACUUUUUAUUUAUUUGUAUGUGUUUGCUGUUGUAAUUAUGUAUUCAGCGUGUCUGUCAGUGUACAGUACUAAAGGCAGAUUUGUUCAAGUUUGCAAGGGUAUUCAGUAGGAAGCAAGGACGUUUUUUUUCUUCAUAGUUCCCUUUACAUCUCGAGUAGACAAGACAGCUUUUUUUUUUAAAACAGAUGUGAAGUGUCAUUCUCUCAGACUCAGAUUCACCCUAUGACAUAUUGUAUGUAGGCAGGCAAAACUAAAUAUAGCCAAGGGGAAAGGAGAGAGAAAUAAAUGACGGGGUUGUCUGUG